AUGCUGCGACUUUGUGCCCUGCUGCUGGCGCCCCUUGGCGCUGCCGGCGCCUGGCAAUGGACCGUGCAGCACGGAGGCUCCGACAGUGACUACUUCCGAGCCCUGCAGGUCCACCCGAACGGCAACAUCACUGCCGCGGGCUACACGUAUUCCUCGCUGGAUGGCUACACCAAUGCCGGUUCCAGCGAUGCUUUUCUCAUGAGCUUCGACAGCACCGGCGCCUGGCAAUGGACCGUGCAGCGCGGAGGCUCCGGCACGGACUACGCCAAUGCCCUGCAGGUCCACCCGAACGGCAGCCUCAUUGCCGCGGGCUUCACGUAUUCCUCGCUGGAUGGCAACACCAAUGCCGGUUCCGGCGAUGCUCUUCUCAUGAGCUUCGACAGCACCGGCGCCUGGCAAUGGACCGUGCAGCGCGGAGGCUCCGACGGUGACUACCCCACUGCCCUGCAGGCAAGGGCCGGUGACGGGGCUUGCAAUGGCUCCCCACUGCAGGUCCACCCGAACGGCAGCCUCAUUGUCGCGGGCUCGACGUAUUCCUCGCUGGAUGGCUACACCAAUGCCGGUGGAUUCGAUGCUUUUCUCAUGAGCUUCGACAGCACCGGCGCCUGGCAAUGGACCGUGCAGCGCGGCUCCAGCUGGGACGUCUUCCGAGCCCUGGAGGCCGGGAGCGGGGGCAGCGGUUGCGCGGCAAGGGCCGGUGACGGGGCUUGCAAUGGCUCCCCACUGCAGGUCCACCCGAACGGCAACCUCAUUGCCGCGGGCGAGACAAGUUCCUCGCUGGAUGGCUACACCAAUGCCGGUGGACUCGAUGCUUUUCUCAUGAGCUUCGACAGCACCGGCGCCUGGCAAUGGACCGUGCAGCGCGGCUCCAGCGAUGACUACGCCUAUGCCCUGCAGGCAAGGGCCGGUGACGGGGCUUGCAAUGGCUCCCCACUGCAGGUCCACCCGAACGGCAGCCUCAUUGUCGCGGGCUACACGUAUUCCUCGCUGGAUGGCUACACCAAUGCCGGUUCCCGCGAUGCUCUUCUCAUGAGCUUCGACAGCACCGGCGCCUGGCAAUGGACCGUGCAGCGCGGCUCCGGCAUUGACGACUUCCGAGCCCUGGAGGUCCACCCGAACGGCAACCUCAUUGCCGCGGGCUCCGGUGGAGACGAUGCUUUUCUCAUGAGCUUCGAGGCGGCCACCACGAACACCACCGACACCAAGACCGUGAGCACCAGCAUCACGGAUACUCGGACUUGGACGACCCAGACAACGACGACCACCACGUCGUCAACGUCAUCUAGCCAGACCGUGAGUACCAGCAUCACGGCUACUCGGACUUGGACGACCCAGACAACGACGACCACCACGUCGUCGACGUCAUCGAGCGAGGGACGGCUGUCGUGCGAAGAUGACGAGGCCAUUUGCGCCGAGAUCUCCUUCGAAGGCGGUGCCAGGAUUGUCAAAAAUCUCUGCUUCUCGGCCCCGUGCCCGGUGCUCUGCGAGUCGGCGACGGCACAGAAGUGCAGUGGAUCUCAGGGUGAGGAGUUCUGCCUGCCGAUCACUGGCGGCUGCCCGGUAGUGUGCAAGCCAGAUGAGGUUGAAUGCUACCUGGAGAACUUCGAUGCACUGGGCCAGCGCGAAGAGGACUCACUCCAGUGCGUUCUGCAGACGGAACUUCCAUGCCCCUGCGGCCGCAACCAAAUAUCCUGCGAAGAUCCCGGCCUUGGUGCAAACUGCGCGGCAGCAGCGGAAGGCUGCCCCACGUUCUGCGAUCCCGCCAGCCACCGGCUCUGCCUGUCGGCAUCCUUCACAGUAGAAGGUGCGCUCGCGGGUCUAGAGCCCCAGUGCACCGAGCGUUCCACGCCUUGCCCGUGCGGGGAGAAUGCGCGGGCUUGCGAUUGGAUGGACUCCGAUGGGCUCCAAUGCUUUGCGACCGCCACCGACUGUCCGCUCAACUGCUCAAAGGUCUGCAACAUCGCAGACUACAACAGCAGCACUGGCGAGUUGGUGGGUGUGCGGCAGACCUGUGCGAACGAGAGCGAAGCUUGUCCCUGCGGAGACUUCGCUUUCCGGUGCCAGGACUUCUGCGUGCCAGGUAACUUCCCUUGCCCCGUGACUUGUGCCAGCGAAGAGAAGUUGUGCCUCCGCCCAAGCUUCGACGAGCAAGGUGAACACCUGACUACAGAAGAGGUCUGCGUGCCGAGGGGCGAUUCCUGCGGCUGUGGGCAGGGAGCCUUCAAUUGCGUUCGCGAAGACGGCAGCUCAGAAUGCCUCCCAGCUGUUGGAGGCCACUGCUGCCCUGUGUCGAACUGCGCUGGCGGCGUCCAUUGCCCGCUGGUCACCAACUUUCGUCCAGAUGGUGCUGAGAUCAGUCAAUCGCUUCCCAGCCGUGAGUGUGCCAACAGCACCCGGGAGUGCUCCUGCGGGCACGAAGCCAAGUGGUGCGAUUCGCUGGGCUGCAUCUUCAAGGACGCCGAUUGCCCAUUGCUGUGCACCGAACAGCAAAAGCUCUGCUCCCUGCUGGAUUACACUUCCGAUGGAAUCUUCGUCAGCUAUCGAGACAUCUGUUUGGACGCAGACUUGCCGUGCCCUUGCGGGCUGAACACCUGGCGCUGCCCGGGAUCCGACCUGUGCAUGCUGCCGGACGCCGGAGUCUUCCACGGCGGUGCUCUGCAUCGAUCCAGAGCUGAGAUGCCCCUGCGGCAAGAAUGCUGUCCUGCCCGGAUCCCAUGGAUUCGAGCCGCACCAUCUGCACUCCUAAAGUCAGCGGCGUCGUUGCCAAUGAGUGCCCAGAGCCAUGCUCUGGUGAGCAGCUACGAGCCGGCAAUGAAACCUGCACACAGAUCUUUUUGGCGGAUUCCUCGAUCUUCAAACGAACGAGCUGCCGUGCUUCCGGAGACUGUGGGCCUGGCCUGA